UCUCCUCAUCACUUACCUCGCAUUGAUCCCAACUUGUGACCAUGAGUGUCUCCAUUGAGCAGAAAGUUGACUUCCAAACUUUCUGGAACGUCAUAAACAACGAGUUGAGCUCCACUUCGGAAACCCGACGUGGUAUCUGUCCUAGCACUGAGGAGACUCUCUGGGAGUCACCCGUAUCGACCCAAGAAGAUGUAGAUCAAGCUGUAAGCGCUGCGAAAGCGGCAUACCCUGCGUGGCGAAAGCUAUCAUGGGAUGAGCGUGCCAACUACCUCGUCAAAUUCGCAGAUGCUAUCGAGGCACAUAAGCAAGAGUUUAUUAAACUUCUAGGCCGUGAAGCUGGCAAACCGCCCCAGGCCGGUGGUUUUGAGUUGAUGCUUGUCAUGGAGCAUAUUCGAAAGACUCCAAAGCUGAGGAUCAAGGAGGACAAGCCUGAGGAGAAUGAAGAUAGAACAGCCGUUGUGCGCUACGUUCCCCUCGGCGUCGGCGUCGGCAUCGUUCCAUGGAACUUCCCCAUGUUGCUGGGCAUUGGAAAAGCGUACCCUGCCAUGCUGGCUGGUAACGCAUUCAUAUGGAAGCCCUCACCAUAUUCUCCGUACUCUGCCCUUAAGCUUGCAGAGAUUGGAGCUAAAGUCCUUCCUCCUGGCGUGUUCCAAGCUUUGAGCGGUGGUGAUGACCUUGGACCUAUGCUGACUGCCCAUCCCGGUGUAGCUAAGGUGAGUUUCACUGGCUCUACUGAGACGGGUAAGAAGAUCAUGGCGGCUUGUGCAGCUACGUUGAAGCGUGUCACUCUUGAAUUGGGCGGUAACGAUGCUGCGAUCGUCUGUGAAGAUGUUGACAUUCCUGCAGUGGCUGGAAAGGUCGCGUUUCUCGCCUAUGUUCACGGCGGACAAAUCUGCAUGAACAUCAAGCGCGUCUAUGUCCAUGCGAGCAUCUACGACAAGUUUGUAUCUGAGGUGGUGAAGUUCUUGGAAGGUCUCAAGACCGGCGAAUUCUCUGACCCUGAAGCCUUCUUUGGACCUAUCCAGAAUAAGAUGCAGUAUGACAAACUCCAACGCCUCUAUGAAGAGAUCGACAAGCAAGGAUGGCAACGUGCAUUCGGCAGCGUAUCAGCUGCGAAAUCGGAUAAAGGCUACUUCAUCCCACCAGUUCUCAUCGACAACCCACCCGAGGAUUCAAAAAUAGUGCAAACUGAACCCUUUGGUCCAAUCGUUCCUGUCAUGAAGUGGCAGUCCGAAGACGAUGUCAUAUCCAGGGUCAAUGCAUCAGACUAUGGUCUUGGAGCGUCUGUCUGGAGUAAAGAUGUUGCUCGUGCUCGACGAAUAGCUGAACAAUUGGAAGCGGGAAGUGUUUGGGUUAACACGCAUUUCGAGGUUGCGCCGAAUGUCCCGUUUGGGGGACAUAAGCAGAGCGGUAUUGGUAUGGAUUGGGGGGAGGUCGGUCUAAAGGGCUGGUGUAAUCCUCAGGCUUACUGGGUAAAACAUUCUGGGUGA